UUUUACAUCAAUACACAAGGACACUUCUGGCCCCUAUAAGAACUUCCGGCCAUCUUGGACGAGUAAAUCUUGGUAUUUCGGAGUGAAAUCGGGACGCUGAGCUCGUGUAACACGUGGGAAGCCUCAUCAUGGCCAACUCCGGAAUCUUGAUCGGGAUGGACGACACGGGUUCCGGACCCAUUACGGUCCAGACCACAGCCAUGGGCGGGCUGGAUCCCCACGGAUUAAACGUGGGAGGAUUGGGGGGCCAUUUGACGCCCGCUUUGGGUUUAGGGGGCGUCAAUUCCGAGAGCCAACAAUGUACCUUGGUGGAACUGGGCAAGAUUCUUUUGACAGCGGCUCGCGAUGGCGACACGCAAGAGGUGUGCGGCGUGAUCCGCAAAGGCGCCCCGUUCACCACGGACUGGUUAGGCACAUCGCCCUUGCAUAUGGCGGCGCAAAACGGGCACGUGGAAUGCUGUGAAGUGCUCUUACGGGCGGGGAUCUCCAAGGAUGCCCGCACGAAAGUGGACAAGACGCCCAUGCAUUUAGCGGCCCAAGAAGGUCACGUGGAAGUGUUGGAACUACUUCUGAAGCAUUCGUGCGAUAAAGAAGCCCUAGAUAUGUUAUAUAUGACGCCUCUCCAUUGGGCGGUGGAUCGCGGGAAUGUGGGCGCGGUGGAAAUGUUGUUACGAUUUGGAGCUGACACUAAUGCCGUGAGCAAAUUUGACAAGACCCCCAUGGAAAUUGCAUCUGAUCAGGGCCGUCCGGAUAUUUUUGAAAUGCUUCAAAAUGCCGACUCUUUCCUACAAAUCCCGGUCGAUCCGCACGAAUCUGACGCGGCCACUUUGGCCGCCACACAGAGCAUCAUGGAUAACGAUGCCAUGGAUCAUUCCGCCUCUCUGUUAAGUCCGCCCGGUGCGGACUUGAAUGGGUCCGAGGCUCCUCAGGUUACCAAAAGUCCCGAGAACGACGCCGUCAAGUUCUUGGAAGCGCAUGGCAUCACUAUUCAACCCGAAGAUUCCGGUGGUGGAGCCCUGGAGUCUCAUCUGCGAACCUCCAAGCAGACGUUGACCUUGACCGAGGCGGGGAAAAUGCUCCUCAAUACCAACCAAGGGCACAGACCGACGACUGUCAAGAAAGUGAUUGUGUCUUCCAAAGCGGGGACUUCUAAAAUCUCCACCUUGCCCGUCACAACCAAGUUAGUGGCCGUGUCUUCCGCCAAAAACGUGAUCCCUGUCAGCUCGGGUGGUAUGGCCACCAUUGUGGUGGGUAGUGGCCCCACCAAACGGAUACUUCGCGUUCCUCCCAGCCAAUUGGCGGCCUUAAAGUCUCGCACCUCGAACAUUAAGAUUGCAUCCCCCAAUAAAGGAACGAUCGCGGCCGCCUCCGGCUCAACGGGCACGAAGCUCACCGUAUUACGGGUCAACCCUCAUUUAAAGACCGUCCAAGGCUCCCCUGCUGUAAUGCAAAAGUUCAGCUCUCCCAAUUCCACCAUCACUUUGGCACCAGCCAGCAACCUUGUGUCUUCGAAAGGAAUCACCACGAUUGUGACGGAAGCUUCGGGAUUUGCUCACGGGGCCCCUAUCAUGGUCAGCUCAAUCAAAAAGGAGCCCGCUCCGACUUCCCCGCAACCGGUUCAAGGUGAUACCCUCACCCUCAGCCGCACCGAGUUACAAAAGAUGCUGGAUGCUGCCAAAGAAGAAUACCGAGAGAAAAUGGAAGCGCAAGAACGGGAAAUGUCCCGACUACGGCAACAAGUUGAGGCCCUGGCUAAGGGUGCUACUUUCCAAUCAAAGUAACCCAGUAUAUACAUUGUGAUUGAUAAUCGAACCGCUCUCUUUCAAUAGAAUUACUGAUAUGUGAAAGAA